AUGCAUGGAUCCUACCAAGGCUUCGACCAAGGAGGUGGGUGUGAUAGUCAAGUCCGAGGUAACUAUAGGGCGCAAGGCUAUCAAGGCCAAGCACCCUAUGGUCAAUCUCACGGUCUUGGAAAUCAAACUCAAUACAAUCAAGGUAGUUAUAACCCUAACAAUCUAGGUGGAGAGGGUUACAACUAUCCUUAUGGGAAAUAUAGGGGUGCUUCUAGUGGGGGCUAUCCGUCGAACCCGGGAGGACAAUAUGGUAGUUCUCAAUUUCCUCCUCCCGGAUUCAAUGGGCCAAAGACCUAUGGCAAUCAAUACCCUCAAAAUCCUAUGGGUUAUGGCAAUGCACCUCCACCACUCCCGCCUCUCAAGUCUAACCUUGAGGAUCUUAUGGAGUAG